UAUCUAGCUUCCGCAGACUGACUUUCUCUCUCUGCCUCUCCCUCAUUUUGUGUCUCCUUUUUCCUCGGUUUCCAUCCCGUUAGCCCCCCUCAGCUACCUGCUCGCCCGCCUGCCUACCUACCCCAUCUAACGCAGAUCUCCUUUCUUCACACCACCAGUCCGGUCCUACGCCGGCGGUUCCUCUCUCUCUCCGCUACCGCGCAGCGAGCUCGGACGGGGCGGAUUACCAAACAUGCCUUACUCGUCUUGCCUCGUUUUGCUUGCAUGAUCUACCCGACUGCCUAUCCUGACAACUUCGCUUCCACGCCUCUUCCGACCCUUCUUUCGUUCUACUCCACUUACUCACAUGGCAGGGAGGAGGGAGGAGGGGCGGUUAAGCACGUGUGCCUCGCUCGCCCACCCACUCGCAUAUUACUUCUCUGGCUGUUUCUAAUCGUUCCUCGCCUUCUUUUUUCCAACAGGCUGCUCUUACGAACGGCGCGGCGCACAUGCGUGUACCGCUUGGGCUGCGUGGAGUGGCUCGGCUGCCUUGCUUGGUUAGCACUACAUAUCGUGCCCGUGCAUGUGCCUACAACAGUUACAUAUUACACAUGGUACGCGCAGGAGAACAGACAGCCGAAUAUGUGUGUGCUUGCACAAAUGCGCAAGCCGAUACGAUACACCCGCCUAUAUAUAUUGCCUACAUGUGAUUGCAGCACGACGGUCGUCAGCUCCAUCCCCCACCAAUACAAUACAACACACUCCUACUCUACUACACUCUGCUGACACUCGUACCUCUCGUGCUUACAGACUAUAGGUACCCAGUGUAAGAGGUACCUAGGCGGGUCCCGCGUGUAGCCCGACUUAGGUAGGUAGGUAGGUAGUAUAUUUUA